AUGUGUACUCUUCUCGCUGUCGCCCUCGCGGCCCCGGCGGCGCCUUACAGCAAGCGCCAAGGCCAGAACUUCCAGACGUUCACCGGAGCCCUUGGUGGUAUCUCUGCGACGCCCGUCACCGACUCCGGAAACCCAGACCGCAAGUUCCAGGUGAAGGGGGACACUUUCGUCAACAUCGGGGCGGCGCUGCAGCGAAGCUGCGACCAGCAAUUCAAUGCUUGCGCGAACAAGGCGAACGGUGGUGACAAGACGCUGAGUGUGUCAGCAUGCUCUGACCAGAAGAGUAAGUAG